UUGGAUGGUGGGGUUGGGUUCUAUUUGUGCUGCGUAGCUGAUGCUUGGCUAGUCCUCGCAAGUGACCGCUCCAGCCACUCCAGGACCAAGACUAAAGCCACUGCACCAGGAAAAUGGCUGACGGAUUUUCUCUUAAUGAUGCCUUAUCUGGGUCUGGAAAUCCAAAUCCACAAGGUUGGCCACAAGGUCCUUGGGGAAACCAGCCUUCUGGUACUGGGGCAUACCCAGGAUAUCCUGGAGCCUACCCUGGUCCAGGAGCUCCUGGGGCCUACCCAGGUCCAGGAGCACCUGGGGCCUACCCUGGUCCAGGAGCACCUGGGGCCUACCCUGGUCCAGGAGCACCUGGGGCCUACCCUGGUCCAGGAGCACCUGGGGCCUACCCUGGUCCAGGAGCACCUGGGGCCUACCCUGGUCCAGGAGCACCUGGGGCCUACCCUGGACCAACAGCACCUGCAGCCUAUCCAGGACAGCCUAGUGCUCCCGGAGCUUAUCCGCCUUCAGGGCCCAUGAGUACCGCUGGUGGACCAACACCUCCUGUGGGAGGCCCACUGUUAGUGCCUUAUGAUCUUCCCUUGCCAGGAGGAAUUAUGCCUCGCAUGCUGAUAACCAUUAUGGGCACAACGAAACCCAACGCAAACAGAAUUGCCUUAGAUUUCAAGAAAGGGAAUGACGUGGCCUUCCACUUCAAUCCUCGCUUCAAUGAGGACAACAGACGAGUAAUUGUUUGUAAUUCGAAAUUCGACAAUAACUGGGGAAAGGAGGAAAGACACGCUAUGUUCCCAUUUGAAGCUGGUAAACCAUUCAAAAUUCAAGUUCUCGUCGAGACUGAUCAUUUCAAGGUUGCUGUCAAUGAUGCCCACCUGUUGCAGUACAAUCAUCGAAUGAGAAAUUUCAAUGAGAUCAACAAGCUGGGCAUUUCUGGUGAUAUUAACCUUACCAGUACCUCACAUACUAUGAUAUAAAUUUAAGGGAUCAGAGAUAUUUUUAAAGGAAUUUUCCUGCUCCCUGCUCAUUAUAGGAGAAAUCUUAAAGGUACUCAUACUCCAUUUACUUUCUUUGUCAUAGCCACACAAAUUUAAUAAAUGUUCUUUCAUUAAGUACAA